AUGUCUUCACAGCGAUCGCCACUCAAACAAAUGAAACAACACAACACCAACGACGUCUCCAAAGAUGUCGCCAUCUUUUCUCAAUGGAUCAAUUCUCGAUUGAAAGAAAAUCCUCAAACGAGUCAUCUCUCUGUCACUAAUCUUUUCCAAGAUGUCAAAAGUGGUGUUAUUUUGUGUAAUCUCUACAAAAUUCUUUCACAAGACUCUUCAUUCACCUACAACCAGACACCAAAAACCGAUUUUCACAUGAUGGAUAAUUUACAAAAAGUCAUCAACCAAAUGAAUGAUUAUUUAGAAUUCCAAAAUGCAAAUAGUAUUAAAUAUUCCGCGGAGACAAUUUUCCAUCAAUCGGAAACACACGUGUUGGGACUUCUUUGGCAAUUUAUAUUGAGAUUUGAUAUUAAAGAAAUUUCUGAAGAUGGAAGAAGUGGUGAAGAGGCUCUUCUCUAUUGGUGUCAAAAACAAACGAAAAAUUAUUAUCCAUUUGUAAAUAUUGUGGAUUUUGGAAAAUCAUUUCAAGAUGGUCUUGCAUUUUGUGCUCUCCUUCAUAAUUACCAACCACAAUGGAUUGAUUUUAAAGCUCAAACAGAAUUGGAGGAUCCAAAAAAGACGUUGGAAUUGAGUUUUGACUUGGCAGAAAAAUAUUUAAAUAUUCCAAAAUCGUUAAAUGCCAAUGACUUGUUGGGAACAUCGGUGAUUGAUGAGAGAAUUGUAAUGACCUAUGUCUCUAAUUUUUGGAAAUUAAUGUCUCCUAUUUCAAGAAAUAGAAAGGAUAAAAAAAAACAUGUCGUCGACGAAUCAUCAGUCAAUUCCUCUUUCAAAUCACCAAGAACAUUCUUUUCCAAGAAAAGACAAACUCAUUCCGUCUCUCCAACCUUUUCCUUUCGUUCGUUUAUUGAAGUGGGUUUGGGUGUGAGUGAUGUUCGUAUCGAUUACAAAAAUCAAUUCAUUCUCGUCACAGAUUAUGAACACAAUCGAAUUAACAUUUAUGAUUUGGAAAGUAAGGAAUUUAAGGCAUCGUUUGAAACUCCAAGCACACCUCGAUAUAUUGCCGUGCAUUACGAUGGAUUGGAUUCUUCUCAACAUGGAAAUGAAAUGAAUGUUACAUCUCCUAGAAAUGGUAGUACGAAUGGAAGUGGUGGCAAUACGUUUGUCAUCGUUUCACUCAGUGACGACACGGUACGAAAAUAUCAAUUGAAUUUGGAAGCAAUCAAGAAGAAUGCUACGGAUGAAAUUGCAACCUGUGUUUGGAUAUGUGGAACUAAGGGAAGAUAUUUCAAUCAAUUUGACAUUCCACUUGGUGUUGCUGUGCAUCAGGGAUUGGUUUAUGUCUGUGAUUUUGAAAACAACAGGAUUCAGGUUCUGGAUGCUAUGAGCGGAGAGUUUAAAGCUCAAUUUGGAAGAUACGGACAGAGUAAGGGUCAAUUCUAUGGACCACACGACAUUGAUAUUGAUUCGAAUGGAAAUUUAGUGGUGGCUGAAUGUUGGAAUAACCGAGUUCAAGUGCUGUCAAACACUGAUGGAUCACAUCUUGAUUUUGCAAAUGGAAAUGUUGAAAUCCUCCAUCCAAGAGGUGUCACUGUGGAUAGAACUUCUGGAAACGUCAUUGUCAGCGAGUACAGCACUCACAAAAUCCAUACAUUUAGCUCUGAUGGAAACUUAUUGAGCACCUUUGAGGGAGAUCAACAAAACUUCCCCUAUGGAAUGUGUGUGAAUGAGUGGGCUGGUGAAUUGUUUGUCGCUGACUAUGGUUAUGGUAGAAUUCAAAUUUACAAGUAA